UAAAGAUGGCGGACGAAGGUUUCACGUUACUUUUCCGUCACUAAAUCUGUCUGAAAGACCCUCAGAAGACAAUGGCAACGAACAGAAUCAAUGUAUAUCUGAGGAGAAAGAGCCUGUUGUCAUUUUGCUUGGUUGGGUUGGUUGUAAAGAUAAAUAUUUAGCGAAAUAUAGUGCCUUUUAUGAAAAGCGAGGGUCAAUCACUAUUCGCUACACUGCACCAACUGAAAAGGUUUUUUUUGGAAGCGGUAAAAUGCAACCCAUAGCUGAAAAACUAUUGGAGCUCUUGUAUGAUCUGAGCCUUGAUAAAAACCCGAUAUUCUUUCAUGUGUUUAGUAACGGUGGGGGAAUCUUAUAUCAGAGCAUGAUAGACAUUCUAUUGAAGGAGCACAAGAGUCUAAACAUUUGCGGAACAAUCUUCGAUAGUUGUCCUGCCCCAAAGAAAAUCAGCACAGCCUUUAAGGCAUUUAAAGGUUCUAUGAUUGGCAUGAACCCUGUCAUAAGCUGGUUAUUUGGAAUGAUUGUUUAUAGCUGGCUUGUUAUGACGGUACUACUACGUUUUGUGAUCAGUAAGACUGGACUAAAAAGUGAUGUAGAUGCUCAUAGCUUUCACGCUCGAUUCCGCAACUGUCAAUCAAGAUGGCCGUCGCUGUUCUUGUAUUCCACUGCUGAUGAUAUCACAGAGUCCAGUUAUGUUGACGAGGUUAUAGCACAUAGAAAAUCCCUACGAGUUCAGGUCUCCAGUAUCUGUUGGGAGGACUCUGGGCAUGUUUCACACAUGAGAACCCACCCAGAGGUUUAUGUGAAGCAGUGCUAUGAUUUUAUAGACAGAUGUCUGAAACAUUGAUUUAUUAUUAAGGAGUUGUAAAUGAAAUAUUUAGAAUGCAUAUAGUUUAAUAUUUUAAUAGAAAACAAGUACAGUUUUGAAAAUGAUUUUGCACUUUUUAUAUACAAUUGAAUUGCCUUUUGGCAACCACCCGCAAACAAAUCAGAAUAUCUGUAGAAUUUAUUGCAGUUUAUGAGAUUGUACAUCAAUACGGAUAUAUGUCAACAAUGUUACCUCAUAAUAUGCAAGAGCAAUGUAUUGGGUCUAGAUUAUACAGUUUAGUUCCUGAUGAAUAUAACUGUUUCAAUAUAUGCACAACCAGUAUUAUUAACAUUGAAAUAAUAUAGAUGGCAUGGUAGCCAUUGCAGUAUUCAUAUGUCAUUCCAAUGGAUUAUUUCUACAUUAGUUCUCAGUGUAGCCUUAGGCUGCAUUUUUGUACAUGCUUUUUGAUCGCGGGCAAGAUCUUAAUCCUAAAAGUUAGCUAGAUCGUGGUUAUACCACAAUAGUAUGUGCGAAAUACUGUUGUGUCAAACUAUUGAAUAAUAUACAAUGGUAUCAAUUUCACUUGCACCGCUGUCAAAAAUGCAUGUAAAUACAGCCUAAAUAAAUACCUUUUAAUUGGUAGAUUUUUGAGCUCUAGAUAUCACAUGGUUAUAUGUACAGAAUGUGUGAGAAACUUAACAAAGUGACCAAUAGUAUUAUAUGACACUAGUCACAGUUGUCUCCAUGACAAUUACGCACAAUAAAAUUAUUUUGUAUUAAUAAAUGUGACAAU